AGUGGGUGCGCGCGCGCGCGCGCGCGCGAUAGAGAGAGAGGUGUCGGGUCUGCGCGAGGCUUCGCGAGUCAGCUCGUCCGGUGGCGAGCGAGCGCGCGGAGGUCCGGCCGCUCUUCGGUGCCCCGAGCGGAGCAGCGAGCGCCAGGCGCCGCUCUCAGUCUCGCUCUCGCUCUCGCUCUCGGUCUCGGUCUCUUCCCGGCCGGUGACAUGCGGCUCGGAGACCCGGCUCCGGUCCGCCGCGACCAUUUCUGGGACUCUUGCCACGGGACGCGGGACUCGGAACUCGGGACGGACAUGUUGCUCGGACGGCGGCGAGCGCGUGGAAGCCGACGCGGGGUCAGAGUUCACCUCCGCUCGGAAAUGUGAGCAGAGGGGGGCGACAGGAGGGCGACCGACCGACCUACCGUCCGUCCGUCCGUCCGUCCGACCGUCCGUCUUUCUUUCGGAGGCCCGGCUCGCUCGGCCACGCGCACGCGGACACGCGCCGACCAGUCAUGUACUCCCCGCUUUGUCUCACGCAGGACGAGUUCCACCCGUUCAUCGAGGCGCUGCUGCCGCACGUGCGCGCCUUCGCCUACACGUGGUUCAACCUGCAGGCCAGGAAGAGGAAGUACUUCAAGAAGCACGAGAAGCGCAUGUCCAAGGAGGAGGAGCGCGCCGUCAAAGACGAGCUGCUGGGCGAGAAGCCCGAGGUCAAGCAGAAGUGGGCGUCGCGCCUGCUGGCCAAGCUGCGCAAGGACAUCCGGCCCGAGUUCCGCGAGGACUUCGUGCUGACCGUGACGGCCAAGAAGGCGCCGUGCUGCGUGCUGUCCAACCCCGACCAGAAGGGCAAGAUGCGCCGCAUCGACUGCCUGCGGCAGGCCGACAAGGUCUGGCGCCUGGACCUGGUCAUGGUCAUCCUCUUCAAGGGCGUCCCGCUGGAGAGCACCGACGGCGAGCGGCUGGUCAAGUCGCCGCGCUGCGCCAACCCGGGACUCUGCGUCCAGCCGCACCACAUCGGCGUCUCCGUCAAGGAGCUCGACCUCUACCUGGCCUACUUCGUCCACGCCGAGGGCGGCCAAUCGGAGAGCCCGAACCAGGCCGGUGAGUCCGACAUCAAAGAGCAGACUGAAAAUGGUCAUUUGGGUUUCCAGGACAGUUUUGUCACUCCGGGAGUUUUUACCGUUUCCGAACUUGUGCGAGUCUCACAAACUCCCAUCGCGGCCGGCACGGGUCCGAACUUCUCGCUGGCCGACCUGGACGGCUCGUCGUACUACAGCGUGAGCCCCGGCGCCGUGCGGCGGCCGCUGCCCAGCACCUCCUCCUCCGGCUCUGCCAAGCGCAUCAAGUGCAUGGAGGAGGACGCCGACAGUCCCGGCGACGACCCGUAUUAUCCCGCUCAGGGACGCUCGCCGGGCAGCGUCGGCCAGGCCGGCGGCUGGCACGAGGAGCAAGGAUAUAAGCUACGCGGCUCGCUAGCUAGCUCCUUCAUCUCCCGACAAGCCGGCCCCCACGCGCCCCCGUCCGGCCUGCACUUCUCGUCGUCGCCCAUCCUGCAGCAGCCCGCCGCCUCCUACUUCUCCCACGCCGCCAUCAGGUACCACCCGCAAGACCCCCUCAAGGACUUCGUGCAGCUGGUGUGCCCCGACGCCGCCCAGACGGCCGGACAGCCCAACGGCAGCGCCCAGGGAAAAGUCCACAAUCCUUUCCUGCCCGCGCCCAUGCUGCCCCCCCCUCCGCCGCCGCCCAUGGCCCGGCCCGUCCCGCUGCCCGUCGACGCCAAGCCGCCCGCCGCCUCGUCCGCCGAGGGGGGGGCCGACUCGCCGUCCUCGCCAACGUACUCGGCCCCGCCCGCCGGCUCUCCCGCUCAGCGAUUCGUUAGCGUCGGGCCGCGAGACCCCGCCUUCAACAUCCCGCAGCAGCCGCAGGUAAACGUCCGCGGCGCGCGAACCCCGCCCGCCCCCGGAUGCUAACACGCUAACGCAUCAGCUUCCGCUGUGUGUGUGUUUUUGUGAUUUAUGAACAUUUCAACAAACAUACACAAACACACACACAAGGGCAAUUAAAAGUGAUGACGGUUAGUGUUAUUUUGUGUUAGUGUGUAACUGUUAGUGUGUCAGUGUCUGUUUGUGUGUUUGUGAUUGUUGGUGUGUUAGGGUUAGUUGGUGUGUGCGUUAGUGGCAGUAAACAGAAGCGGCUGGCCUCACAUCACCAUGGUGACACACUGGCCUGUGUGUGUGCGUGUGAAUGGGGGGGCGGUCUUGGCCGUGGGGGGCAGAUGGCAGCUUCUUUGUGCGGGAGCGGGCACGGUGCCCGAGGCGGGCAGCAGGGCGGUUGUCGUGGGCAACUACGGCGGUUGCCCACGGAGACAAAGAUGGAGAGCGUGGGGGUUGGCACCUCUUCAUGCCAAUGACACACACAUGAACGAACACGUGCACACAGUUAAGAGUGUGUGCGCUAUGAAAGGUGCGGUCACCAUGUUGAAUGACAUCAUGCCAAAGACGUUUGUCUCGUGUGUGUGUGUGUGUGUGUGUGUGUGUGUUCCACGUGCACAUCUUCAAGGUGACUGUGUGUGCAUGUGCGUGUGUGUGAUGUGCUGAGUCAGCGCGACGCAUGCAAAGAGAGAGGUUAUAUUCAGUUGAAGAAGACCACCACAUCACGUAUGUUCGCGUUCACGUCUCACACACAAACACACACGCACGCACGCACUCAGCAUUUGCCUUCUAUGUUAAUGACUUGGAGUUAUUAAGCUUCUUCAUGUCAUCUUGACUUAUUCGUGUUAUCUUCCUCAUCGUCAGCCUACUGACAACAUGACUACACACACACACACGCGCGCGCGCGUGCGCUCGCAGGGAGUGCGUUUUCAGGGCAGUCUGCAGUGCAGAGCGAGGAAGAAAAGUCCCAACGUCAGCAAGUUGUAUUGAUUAAAAACUAACCUUCCACUCUUCUUCUCCUCCUCUGUCUCACACGCACACACACACACACACACACACACAAUCAAUCACUACCAGACUGCAGACAAAGCCUGCAACACACACACGCGCACACACACUUUAUUACAAACUUUUACUUUGACUUUUUUCCAGAAUGCAUUUUCUGAAUGAUUUGUGUGUGUGUGUGUGUCUGCGCCCGUGUGUGAUGCAUGUAAAGAAAAGGGUAUGCGGGGAGGGGGCGGUGAUGCGGUUACCUCGGCGACGGCGGUCACGUCCCGGGCCGUCCGGUCGCCCCUAACGACCAGACGUCAUCAAGACGGGACAGCGAGGACACGUUGACUAAUACACACACAGACACGUGCACACAAAAAAACGGAGGUUUACGAGAAAGUGCCUAGGAAGUGAUCUGUCGGUGCCUAGAAGGUAACUACAAAAGUGAUUAGUCACUGACCAGAGGUUGACUAGUAGUAGUAGUCUAGAAAGUGCCUCAAGGAUGAAUAGAAAGUAAUUAGUUGGCGACUCCAGAGUGACUACAAUUUGAUUAGUCUAUGACGAGAAGUCGAUUAGUAAGUGACAAGUUGGUGGCUAAAGAGUGACUCAAUGGUGACUAGUUUGUGAACAAAAGUUGACAAGUGGGUGACUUGUUGAUGACUAGAUGCUGACUAGAAAGUAUAUAAUAGGUUGGCAAGUGACUACUUGUGACUAGAGGAUGACUAAAAAGUGACUAGUUUGUGCCUAGAAAAUGACUAGUGCAAGACUUGAAAGUGACUAGAAGGGGAUUGUAAAGGGACGAGAAAGCGACUUUCUAUGAUAAACUAGUCAAUUUCUGACUAGUUUGUCAUAGCAAGUUACCAUAGGAGGACGAGAAAGUAACUAGAGGAUGACUACAACGUGACUAAAAAUAUGGCUAGUCUCUGACUAGAAGUUGACUAAUGGGUGACGCGAAUGUGACAAGAAGGUGAUCGUAAAGGGACUAGAAAAUGACUAGCUUGUCAUAGAAAGUUACCGCAGGAUGAGUAAUCUGUGACUAGAGAAUGACUCCAAAGUGAGUAGAAGUUGACUAGUCGGUGACUAGUUGCGAUGACGUGCCGCUGACGCAGUGUUGUUGUCUUUGUCAGUGGUACCUGGGCUAACUUGGAUUCCAGAGGCUCUUCCUGGCCCCCGCCCACCUGGACGUCCCACCGCCCGCCCGCCCUCCCGCGCCUGACUCCGCCCACCAGCGUCCACUUGUCGGCAUCAGCAUGGCUAG